AUGGGAUUUUAUGUUCUCUAUAGCACUUUUACGAAAGCAUUCCGGCUCUUUUUCCAAGAUGUCAAAGAGGUGAAGGUGAUAACAAGGAUGCUCACCAACAGUGUCAAAGUCCAGGACUUAACCUAUCGUGAUAUGGAGAAACUCAGGCAGUUUCGCAGAGACAUGAUUAAAGCCAUUCCGCUGCUGUUAAUUUCUAUUCCUCCAUUUGCCAACUAUCUGGUGUUUGUCCUAAUGUACCUUUUCCCCCGCCAGCUCCUGAUCCGCCACUUCUGGACCCCCCAGCAGCAGACAGAGUUCCAGGGAGUGAACCAUUCCCACAGGGCCCAACACCACUGGGCAGUGCUGAAGGGGCUUGAGAGUGCAGGUUCACAUGUCAAAGACAGCCACCUACAAGACCUCUGCCACAAGGUGCAAAGUGGGGUACACCCUAACAUAUCUGACAUCCAGGCAUUUCGAGACUUGUUUUCUGGACCUCCCCUGGGUAUCAAGAGAAUGAACGCAGAUCAGAUGAGGCAACUCUGUCUCCUGUUCUUCCUGACCCCAACUCCCAUGAUUGCCACUCGACGGAACAGCCACGGCAUAGAGCUGCUACAGCUGGACCGUGCUCUCAGCAGACAUGGCCUGCACCAGUUGGAUGACUCAGAGCUGAGACAGGCCUGCUAUGUCAGGGGGCUUGACUCUGGCAGUCUCAGCAUCAACCAGUGCCUGGAAUGGCUUUCACAGUGGCUCCAGUUCUCCUCUCGUCUGAAAGAGUCAGAGGUCUCUCUGCUUGUGCAUAGCAUGGUUUUGCUCUCUACCAACUACCCAAAGCCCUACCAACAUUGACAGGAAGGAACAAGGAGUGAUCUGCCACUUCCAUUAAUUCAGCCAUCUCUCACCAUGCUGGGCAGGGCAACUUUCCCAUAGGCCGUCAACAUCUGCAGUCUACCAACGCAAUGGAAUAAACACCAAGCCUUACAACUCAAAUCUCACUUUUAAGGCAAAGUGAUUACUUGAUACAUUGCAUUUCUGUGGUGAUUGUGACAGAAAUGUGAUAACAUUGCAACGUCUCAAACUGGUCGAUAAUUUCAGGCUCCAAAUCAAAUGUCACGUGGACACUAUAACCCAACAUUUUGUUUGAGAAAACUAUCAGUAGAGUUAA